AUGGUAGAUGCCAGACCGCAAGACCAGGGAGCUCAAGAGGAUCAGGAGCAACAAAGCACACAGUUGGCUCGGAAGCAGGAGGAGGAUGAAGUAAUGGGAGAGGCUACCGACUCUUCGGAGUACGUAGAAGUAGAGAUGUGGAUUGACUUGUUUCUCGGAAGGAAGGGUCACGAGUAUUUCUGCGAAGUCGAUCCCGACUACAUCACUGACCGCUUCAAUCUCAUCAAUUUGCAGAAAACGGUAUCAAAAUUCACACAAGUGGUGCAGUAUAUUGUUGAUGAUCUGGACGAUAUGGUGCUGGAGAGCAUGUCACACCAACGUUUGGAGCAACUAGAAAAUGAUGCUCGCAAAUUUUACGGCCUCAUCCAUGCGCGUUACAUUAUCACGGCGAAGGGUCUGCAGAAGAUGCUUGCUAAAUACAAGAGUGCAGAUUUCGGUAGAUGUCCAAGAGUGUACUGUAAUUUUCAGCCAUUGCUGCCGGUGGGGCUGCACGAUGUUCCAGGCAUUGACUGCGUCAAACUAUACUGUCCCUGCUGCGAGGACCUCUACAUACCAAAAUCUUCCAGGCACAGCACUAUAGAUGGUGCGUAUUUUGGAACAAGUUUCCCCGGGAUGUUCUUGCAAGCUUUCCCUGAAAUGGUACCCGAACACCCGGUAAAGAGGUACGUGCCCAAGCUAUUCGGCUUUGAACUUCAUAAGCAAGCACAGGUUGCUCGUUGGCAAGAAUUACAAAGGUUGAAGCUGGUGAAAACGCUUCAAGCAAGCAAUGUGGGUGUUUCCGGUAAAGGUGGUUACAAAUAG